UGCGCCGAAACAUUGCCCAACGUAUUUUAGUUAGCUAUGUGGUAUGCUAACGUUUUCAUGUUCUUUGGACCAUUUCGUCCGACUUUUUGACGUUUAAAAAAGUCAAUAAGACUGUGAAAAGUGGGGUUUUUCUUUUUCAAAUAUAAAAUUGUUUGUUCACGCGUGAAGAUUGUUGGAGUAUAGUUUGGUACAGCUAACUUGCUAGCUAGGUUGACUAACAACUUUUGGACGACUCUUGGUUUGUUAUUUAGCAGGCAAGCUAACUCUGCUAGCUGGCGGUGUUAGCAAGGCUUUCUUCUGAAGCAGAGCUCUCUAGUGUUAGGUUGUGCUAUUUAGUUAUAUUGUUUAGUAGCGUUAGCUAGCUAGCUACGUUUUUGCUAAAGCCUGCAACGGACAAAAUAUCCAAUAACUAAACCGCUUAUUCUUCACUCCUGCGAAUGAAAAGGGCUCGUAUUUUGAACUCCAGCGCACCUUUUCGUCAUUGCUAAGCUAGCUAGCUACUACUUGGUUGGCUAGCUAGCUUGGCGGCUAGCUCUUAAGCUAAAUGCUUCUCCCGAGAAUGGACCUUUUGAGCCAUCAAUUUAUGGAUAAAAUGAACAACAACAUCGGAAGACUUCACUACGAUGCGUAUGAUGAUGAUUCAGGGGACUCGAGGAUACAUGCAUUGUCCUCUUCAGUAGGAAACAGUAGGACGGGGACACCUAUUAGCCCAAGUAAAAGAAAGUUUGAUGAAGGAGAACAAGUUGGAAACAGCCACGACUAUGACAAUGAACAAAUGACGAAAAUGAGUCGUCUGUUUACAUCUCACCUGGGAAAUCCUGCCAAUGGAGAUAGUAGGCAGGAGACAUGGAAUCACUGCCACAACCCUUUUGAGCACACUUCCUCUGUGAUCAGUGGCCUCCAUGGCAACCCCCUGUAUGCUCCCUUUCCCAUCUUUGCUGUGGAGCAGCCUCUUGCAUUGACCAAAAAUAACAUGGACAGUACCAGGUCCCCCAUCCUUCCAUCUCUUGGCACUGCAGAACGUCAGCAGAAUCGUCCAUCUGUGAUUACCUGUGCCCCUGCAAACAACCGCACAUGCAACCUUUCACACUGUCACAUGUCUCCAAAUGGAUGCACCUCUGUGCCAGCUAAUGCAAAGAGCAAGACUAAUGCAAAUACUGUGUGUGACCCUGUGAUAGAAGAGCAUUUUCGGCGUAGCCUGGGAGACAUCUACCAGGAGCCUGAGGCAGCUUCUAACUCCGUGUCCAUCACGGGCUCCGUGGAUGACCACUUUGCUCAGGCUUUGGGUGAGACCUGGCUGCAGAUCAAGGCUAAAGGCGGUGGAUCCAGAAGUCCUGAGUCCAAUUCAUAAAGGCUGAGCGAUCCCCGAGAAACCAGUCAAUCCAUGGUUUGGUUUUUCCUGUGUUAAGGUCGUUUCACACCAAGUUUGUGUGAGUGUGAAAACCAAUUUAGUUGUGCUUUUUGUAUGUUUAUUUUCUUGCUAAACUGGCACUAUGCCAUGCUUGAUUUUCAUUGUACAUGUUAUAAUAAGCUUUGGAUUGUUUAAAUGCUUCCUGGCGUUAUCUGGCUUUUGCAACAAGACACCUAACAAGUUUGGUGACUUUGGCUUAAAAUGGUCAACACUGAGUCAAGCUUUUUAGAAAAUCCAGACAGGUUAGUGUCUGUAGUAGAACUACUUACACUUAUGGAACAAGAGCUUUGUGUUUUUGAGAAGCCCAAUAAUUCUGUCCCUAUUCACAUGAUUAUAGUGAUAUCAGGGACAGCCAGCCUGUUAGGUUAAUGGAUUACUUAAAAAAUCUCAAGGCAAGGUUAUGACAUAGCACAAGACUUUAUUUGGCAGUGAGUAACAUGCAUCUAUGCUUGCUUUGUUUCACACUUCUCGACUCAUUGCUAAAACACACUGAUAGUCACAAGGACUUCAUACAUGCAUCAGAAUUGUAGAAAGAACAAAACAACAAAAAUGGUAGUCAACCAAAUCAGUAAACUCAAGACACAGUGAAGUAGCAGACAUGACACUCUUAUAAAAGGAUUUUUGUGUCACCUCUGCUUCACAACCUCCUUGUCUUCCUCUGACCCAAAUACAUUCGCAGUGUUUAAUGUUAAUUGUUUUUACAGUUGCCAAGGAGACGAUCGGAGAAAGCUCAAAAUCUCUCUUCUGCUAUAUGUUGGUUAUUCAAGCAAUUGCUUUAGAGACUAGAAUCACCUUUUGGUGGGGGGGGUCACUCACACAGGCCCGUUGCACAUGAAGGUGCUCCAUGUCCUAUAAAUAACACGUAGGAAGUCCCAAUACUGGACCUUUCUGCUCUAUCUGCUGAGCUUUUUAGGGCAGAGCUUUGACAGUGAUAACCAGAGAAGGGGGUGAGUUGACAAGCAAAAGUGGUGCAGCCAAGAUCUCAAGAUGGUAGAUUUUCUAUGAUGAUACUUUUGAUAUGCUGACCUUUAGUGUGCAUUGUUAACCCAAACAAUUAUGUUGGGCAAGUCUAGACUAAAGCCAAACAUUUCAACAUGUUCAAUAGAUUGAAAAAAAUGUGUAAUUGAUUAAUGACUGUGAUGUGUGUUCAUAU